UGCACCUUGGAGACUAACCCCAGCAGAGCCCCCCUCAAAGGCAGGGUGGAGGGGUAUUGCAUUGCCUUCCCCCAGCUCUGGAGUUUGCAAUGCAAGAACAAAGCAGAGUGCAUUUCCCAGCAGGCCUUGGAGCAGUUGCGGGGGCACUUUUGGGGAAGAGGGGUGCAAAUUACGGGGGUGAUAUCAGGCAGGAGCUAAGGGAGAGAUGCCCCUUAGAGACAGAAAGGGAUUUUUUUAUGGGUCUGAUUUAUAUGGAGACUUACGGUUCUCUAGACAUAGACAGUAAAUGGCAUUAUCGGGGUCUGAUUUAUACAGAGGCUUACGGUUCUCUUAGCAUGGGAGGGAGUGGGUUUAUAGGGAGUCUGCUAUAUACAGAGAUUUACGGCCUUGUAUGUAUCGUGCAGGAAAUGGAUUUAUUAGGAGCUUGUUUCUAAGGAAACCUGUGGUUUUAUAGGUAUCGUACAGGAAAUGGAUUUAUGAGCAGCUUGUCUACACAGAGACUUACAGUAUCCUAUGUAUACCACAUGCAAUGGAUUUAUAUGUGUCUUAUUUAUACAGAGACCUACGGUACUCUGUGUAUACUGCAUGCAAUGGAUUUAUAGGCAUCUUAUUUAUACAGAGACCUACGGUACUCUAUGUAUGCUGCAUGCAAAGGUUUAUAGGGGUCUGAUGUAUACAGAGACUUACGGUUUUGUAUGCAUGGUGUGAGAAAUGGUUUUAUCAGGGUCUUAUUUGUAUGGAGAUUUACGGCGUUUCAGGGACGUGAAAUGGGUUUCUAGGCACCUCAUUUCUAUGCGUUGGAUGGGAAAUGGAUUUUGGAGCACCUUAUUUAUGCAGAGACUUAUGGUACUCUGUGUAUAGGGCAUGAAAUGGGUUUAUAGGGGUCUUAUUUACACGGAGCCUUACAGUACCCUGUGUAUAGUACAUGAGGUCACAGCACGGAGGGCGGAGCUUCUUGAGAAAGAGGUGGGGCUGCCCAGAAAGGAGGCGGAGCUACCUGGGAGGACCAGCCCAAUGGAGCCAGGUGAAGCCCCCAGCACCCCAGAUCCCCAAGUUGGGGGGGGAGAAGAGGACGUCUCCAGAGCCGCCCGAGCAGGUGCCCAUGCAGCCAAGGAUGCCGAGAACGCCCCCGUGCCACCCGUGAGACGCCGGCGGCGCCGGGCCGAAGGUGGCCUCAUCAACCUCCUGGGCCUCCUGGAGCCUCAGCCCCGGGUGCGGGCCCGGCCCUACCGCUGCACCGACUGCGGCCGGGGCUUCAGCCAGAGCUCCAACCUGCUGGAGCACCAGCGGGUGCACUCAGGGGAGCGCCCCUUCACCUGCGGGGAGUGCGCCAAGAGCUUCGCCCGUGGGUCCACGCUGGCUGAGCAUGUCCGCACGCACACCGGGGAGAAACCCUACCCCUGCCCGGACUGCGGGCGCCGCUUCGCCCGUGGCUCCACGCUGGCUGAGCACCGCCGGACCCACACGGGUGAGACCCCGUUCGCCUGCCGCGACUGCGGGCGCUGCUUCAGCCGCACCUCCAACCUGGCCAAGCACCAGCGCACGCACACGGGGGAGAAGCCCUACCCCUGCCCCGAGUGCGGGAAGCGCUUUGGCCUGCGCUCCAACCUCCUCAAGCACCUCCGCACGCACUCUGGGGAAAAGCCCUUUGCCUGCGGGCUCUGCGCCCGCCGCUUCAAGAAGAAGACCCACCUGGUGUCCCACGGGCGCACGCACACGGGCGAGCGGCCUUACGCCUGCGGGGACUGCGGGAAGAGCUUCGCCCAGAGCUCCACCCUCCUGGAGCACCAGCGCACCCACACCGGGGAGAAGCCGUACCCCUGCCCAGACUGCGGGAAGCGCUUCGGCCUGCGCUCCAACCUCCUCAAGCACCUGCGCACGCUGCGGGUGCACACGGGGGAGAAGCCCUAUGGCUGCAGCGCCUGUGGGCAGCGCUUCCGCUACAAGACCCAGUUCGCCCGGCACCAGAAGCUGCACCAUGGGGGCGGCCGGGAGGAGGAGGAAGAGGAGGAGCCCGUGGCCGUGCUGGCCGUGGGGCCCUGGGCCACUGCCAACCCGCUCGUGCCCAUCCCAGAGACGGCUUGAAAAAAUAUUGCCCCCCAAAAACGCAGCAGGAGGGAUUUGGGAAUGCGCGUUGUAGCUGGGAAAUAUGGUAAGGGGCGUCACCUAGCCAGGGCAGCAAGGGUGUACAUUAUAGGUGACAAAUACAGUAAGAGUGUGUCAUUCCCCCCCUCCCCCCCAAAACACAGCUGGUGGAAAUUAGGAGUGUGCUUUUUUGGUGAGAAAUUGAGAAAUACGGUAAGAACCUAGCCCAGAGGCGGCAAGGGUGCAUGUUAUAGGCAAAAAAAAUAUGGUAAGAGCAGUUUUCCAGCUUGGGAGCAAGGGUGCAUGUUAUACGCAGGAAAUACAGCAAAAGCAGUUUCCCAUUUUGGGAGCAAGGGUGCACAUCAUACACAAGAAAUACGGUAAGAGCAGUUUCUGCUGUUUAUUGGGAGAAACCAAUGGGUCAUUUUGUAUUUGAGAGACUACGGUAUUCUCCUCCCCUUCCCUGCCAGAUCCAACCCAUGUGGUCCAGCAUCCCUGCUGUCCCAGGGCUAGGGAACUGCUCUUACCAUAUUUCUCACCUGUAAUGCGCACUCCCAAUUUCCACACGUUCUUUUUCAGAGGGAAAUGUGCGCUGUAUGCCAGAAAAUACCGUAUUUUCCUCCCCUCCCCCGCCAGAUGCAGCCUGUCUGGCCCAGUAUCCCUGCAGCCAAGAAACUGCUCUUACUGUAUUUCUCACCUAUAACGCGCACGCCCAAUUUCCACACGUUCUCUCUCAGAGGGAAACACGUGAGACAAGGAGCCCCUCACAUCUCCCCCGUGUCUAGCUCUGGGUCUUUAUCGGUGGCCGUAGACUAGGAGCCAUGGCCCCAAGCUUCAGCAGGGGAAACUGAGGCUGGAGAGGUGGAGGAAACUGCUGGCCGUGAGGUGGUCGAGUAUUGAAGGAGGUACCUAGAGAGGUUGGAGACGCUGGAGCGGGAUGCUUUCACCCGGGAGAACCUCGCCCUCGGGAAGAGCCUCGGUGACCUCACGGGAAGCCCGACUUUCCCAUGAUCCUUCAGGAGUUGCGGCGUCUCCAUCCCCGGAGAUUCGCAAGAGCCAGGUCAGUUGUGUCCUGGGCUGUCCCGCCUGGCACCCGUCACAUCCCUCCCAGCUCCAUCGUCCCAUGAUCCUUUGCUGCAGAACUGCAUGCUGGGAGCUGAGAAGGGCUUCCCUCCGCACUGGACUCUCUGUUGGUCUCUUCCUCUCUGGGAGGUUCCUAUUGGACCAGAGGAAGCUUGAGAUUGUUCCUAUUGGAUCAGGGAGACCUUCGAGACUGGGGGGGGUCACCUGAGGCAUGGUCACGGGUUCGAGUCCAGCCUCGGGGAGUUGCCGUUCCCGCCCCGCAUCGUGGGAGGCCGCGUGUGACCCUCCGGACUCAAUCCCCUCUUUCGUUUCAGCCAGGGCCGAGGUCACCGUAGCCCCGGCACUAACAGCACCCCGACGCCGGCGCUGCUAGCCCUGGGUUACCCCAGAGCGGACAAACAGGGCAGCGGAGAGCAAGCAAGGGGGGCGGGGCAUCUUUUCAGUACCGUAUAGACUUGUGUACCACGCCCCCCGAAAAUUAGCGAUGGAAAGCAGUCUGAAACCGAAUCUGAUUGGAUUUGAUUAAACAGAUCUCUCUCGCUCUUCUUUUUCUGU